CACUUGCGGCGCUCAGUAUCGUUCGAACAGCAUGGGAGACUACGGCCAGUACAUCGUUCCGACGGCGGACGUCAUGAUCAACUUCAAGGUGGGCCAGCCGGCGCCGACCAUGCUGCCCCUGCAGCUUAUCCGUGAGUCCGCGGCAGACAAGUUUCUGGAAACGGACCCCAUGUUCCUCCAAUACGGACACAUCAAGGGGUACCCGAAAUUCCGCCAAGCGUUGGCAAAGUUCCUCACCGAAGGGUACCACGCGCCUGUGGACCCUGAGCGCCUCUUUGUCACGAACGGCAUCACGGGCGGUCUCGCGUUGCUCAUUUCGUUGUACCUCAAGUCGGGCGACUUGGUGUUCAUGGAAGAACCGACGUACUUUUUGGCGCUGAGCAUCAUGAAGGAUUUCAAGAUGAACGUCAAGCAAAUCGAGAUGGAAGAAGACGGGUUGAACGUCGUUAAGUUGGAAGAAGUCCUCCGCAGUGGAGUGGUCCCCAAGGUCUUCUACACGAUCCCAACCUGCCACAACCCCACGGGCCGCACCAUGAGCACGGCCAAGCGCCAAAAACUCGUGGAGCUCAGUCACGAAUACGGAUUCACGAUCAUUGCCGACGAAGUGUACCAGCUCUUGUCGUUUCCCCACGUCACCCCUCCCCCUCCGUUCUUCACGUUUGACAAGUACGACACCGUGUUGGCGUUGGGCUCGUUUUCCAAGAUCCUGGCCCCCGCGCUUCGCCUCGGAUGGGUGCAGGCCUCCCCCAAGCUCCUUCAACCGUUGAUCGCGUCAGGGCAAUUGGACAGCAGCGGUGGCAUCAACCCUGUGAUCCAAGGCAUUGUGCACACGGCGUUGACAUCGGGUCGCCAAGCGCAGCACUUGAAGUGGACGACCGAAACGUUGUGGUCCCGCGCGGACACGCUCAUGAAGGCGUUGGAAGCAAAGUUGCCGGUUGGCACGACGUUUGAACGCCCCGACGGCGGGUAUUUCGUCCUCGUGCGCCUUCCCGACGGGUUGCACGCGUCGGAGCUGCUUCCCAUUGCCGAGAAGCACAAGGUUCAGUUCCUUCCUGGGGCGUCGUUCGCCAAGACCAUGUCCAACUACCUCCGCCUCAGCUUUUCGUGGUACACGGCCGACGAAAUGGUGGUCGGCGCCGAACGACUGGCCGCUGCGAUCACAGAAUACCAAGCCAUCAAGGCAAACCAGUCGAGCCCGGCUGACGCCGCUGCUACCGCGUCGACUGCGUCCGUCACGUCGGUGGCCCUCCAUGGAGCCAACGGCCGUUUGGGCCAGUUGAUCGCGUUGGAACUGCAAAAAGACGCGGCGUCGUUCGUGUCCACGGGUGUGUUGGACGUGCGUUCCAAGGCCUCGUCUUCGAUCCCGCCGUCGACGCAAGUGGUCAUCGACGUGACCCUGCCGUCUGGAACGGCGGCGUUGGUGCAGACGUUGCUCCAGGGCCCGACGUACCCCGCGCUCGUAGUCGGCACCACUGGCGCGUUGCCCCUCGACCUGCUGCGCCAAUAUGCCGACAAGGCGCCCGUUGUGAUCAAAUCCAACUUUUCGGUCGGCGUGCCCCUCGUCGCGGAACUGGCGGCCGCCGCGGCCCUAGCGCUGCCCAAGGGCGGCGACUGGAACGUCCAACUGAGCGAGAUCCACCACACCAAAAAGCUGGACGCCCCGUCCGGCACGGGCAAGACCCUCGCCGGCGCCAUCAAGCGCACAGGCGUCUUCGACAAGGUCGACGUCGAAAGCCUCCGCCUCGGCGAUGAAAUCGGCACCCACACCGUCUACUUUGCCGGCCCGGGCGAGCGCAUUGAGAUCAAGCACGUCGCAACCCGCCGCGAAGUGUUUGCGCUUGGCGCGCUGCGCACAGCCGCAUGGGCAGUAACUCAACCCAAGGGAUUGUACUAUUAACAUCCAUGGAUUGUAUUAAUAAUAUCCAUGGACCCGUGAACAUUAAUAGUAUGAUAUAUGUUUGAUAGUUGUUGGUUUGACCCAUAACGUUACGAAUAAUAAAUACCUCCAAGUACGUA